AGGUGAUCCACUGACGACGCUUCUGCUAUUUUGUUUGUUUUGUAAAAACUUGGAAGAACUGUCAUGGUAGAAUAACAAGUAUCGAAAUGCCGUGGCUGUGUACGGAGCAGCGUCAGCCGUGUUGUCAACUGUGACGUUUGAACCUGGAGGAUCAAAGUUGAGCCACGUUUGACUCGGUUCGGGAUACACAAAAGCAUGUAUGAGCCUCGGCACUAUGACAGCCCCCCGUUCUACAGCCCCCCCUACAGCACCACCACUCAGAGCUUCUACCCCCCACACAGCGUCCAGAGCCAACAUGCCCCGUACACCUACCAGCUCCCCCCCGACUCCUACUACAUGGAAGAUAAACCUCAGCUCUUCUACCGCUGGUUCUCUCCCCCUGGCUUUUUCAAGACCUUCCAAGGACUCACCGUGCUCAUGUGCUUCCUCAUCUUCGCCUGCGUGGCCUCCACCUUGGUGUGGGACAUGAGCGGACUGGGUUAUGGGGGGUACGGUGUGGGCGCGACAGGAAGUGCGGUGGGGUCUGGAUAUUACGGCGGGAGUUACGGGUACAGCAGCUCGUACAUGACGCCGCAGUCCGCCAAGGCGGCCAUGCUCUCUAUGGCUUCCAUCAACUUUGUGGUGUCGCUGGGAUUCCUGGUGGCUAGUUUCUCUCGCUCGCCCGCCAUGAGGGGGCGCCGCUUUUACCUGGCUGUGUUCAUCUGUGACAUCAUUUUAGCGGUGCUGCAGGGAAUCAUCGACAUCAUCUUCGUGAUCGGUGUGAACCCCAUGUCACAGAGCUCGCAGAGCAUGUUGUACAACCCCAUGCUGAUGAUGUGCCAGAACAUCCAGAGCAACCCCAGCCUCAGUGGAAGCGUGGGUCCUGGGGUCCCCCCUGGUUUACCCCUGUACAACCAGUACCUGAUCCACUACUGCUACAUGGACCCUGAGGAGGCGGUGGGGCUGGUGUUAGGUAUGGUGGUGGUCUUGGCACUGUCCCUGGCUGCUUAUUACGCCUACAAGACACGCAGCAAGAUCUGGAGGCACGGUAAAGCCAACAUCUACUGGGACAGGCAACCCGGGAGGUCAGGGCUCCACGACGUCCAUGACUGGGUGGACCAUGUUGGGGAGACUCGCAGCACCCAGCGGGCGCCGACAGUGGUGCUGUCAGAGCGAGCAGCUGUCGACCUCAGGACCGAAAACGGAACAGUUUCCUUGAGUCACGGAGCCGUCAGCGUCUACAGUGAGGGGGAUCAUUAUGGCAAUGGCACCAGGUCAGACAGCAUGGACCCGCUCUCCUCUGAAGGGACUGACAGCUUGAAGAAGCCUCCCUGGCGUCAUGGUGCGAGAGGUCCGAGGACGGGGGAGGACGGGAGGCCUGUGGUCAGGGAGUCCCAGUACGAGACUGGUUACACCACCGGAGGCGACACUGGUCAUGAGCUGGACCAGGACCACCCUGAGAAGCUCUUCAGGCUGUUUCCGGAGAUCAUAUCAGACCAGCAGCGGCAGCAGUACAAGCGAGAGUUUGACUCCACUCUGGCGCGCUACAAGAGUCUGUGCGAGGACAUGGACGACAUCAGCGACCAGAUGAACAAGCUGAGUCGAGAGCUGGACACCCUGGACCCCGAAUCCAGGAAGUAUCAGGGUGUUGCAGAUGAGUACACCAGACUGAAAGAGCUUAAAAAGACUCCAGACUACCAGUCCAAGAAGAAGGAGAGCAAAGAGCUCCGACAGAAACUCUUCCACAUCAAACGUCUGGUGAAGAACUAUGACGGAGGCCUGUGCUGAGCCUCGUACUGCGGGUGACUCACAGUCUGGAAACUCUGGACCUCAGCUGCAGUGAGUCAGGGACCGUCUGCAGUGCAGUGCCUUGGUAUCGGAGCUCCGCUAUAGCAGGGAAGCACCCCAAAAAAGACGUAUGAAGGAGGUCUGGAUCGGAUUGAAGUCGUCGAUGUCGGUUGUGCAGAAGGAGUGGAUCCUACUUGACACCUACAUGUCAAGUCAGAUGAAAGGGCUAAGGGCUAUAAGUUAUCAAUUCUUGUUUACUUAUUACAAUUGUUUUAUAAAUUAUUCUAUUUUUAUUGCAAUGCCGCAUUUUUACCUUUUAAUUCAGUCUUAAAAGCUAUUUAAAUUGAAUUCUAUUUAUUUUCAUUCAUUUUUUAUACCUAUUUUAUUACUGAUUUUGUUUACCUCUUUUGA